GGGAAACAGAAAGUAAGACAGGCAGGUGUCGCUCGCCCACCGAGCGGCUGUUUUCGCCUGACACGGAAGCAACAAUCUGAAUAUGCAGAGAAAAAUACGGGACGAAGCCGGAAUCGUCAGAUUUCUUCCACAGAUCUGAGGACUGACCGAUGCUGACCUCCGGAGAAGGUUGAAGGAGCCAGGAUGUCGAGUCUCCGGGAGGAUAUCUGGACUGUUCUCCAGGAGCUCAGACACAAAGAAGUCAGUCAGUUCAAAUUCCUCCUGAAGCUGAACGGCAUCCCCGAGUCGCGGCUGCAGGAUGCCGAAAUCGAGGGCAUCACCGAGAUCAUAGCCGAGAAAUACAGUGAGCCCGAAGCUCUGAGGGUCACCAUGAAGAUCCUCGCCAAGAUCCAAAGGAACGACCUGGUGGCCAAACUGGAAAACUCCGGAUCGGGACUCACAGAUGUUAAAAAAGACUCUGGCGGUCAGAAAGAAGAACACAACCGAAAAGAGCCCAAGGUGGACCUGAAGAGCGUCCAGAAGUUCGCAGUGGAGGUGACUCUGGACGAGGACACUGUUCAUCCCCACCUCGUCAUGUCUGAGGACAGGAAACAAGUACAUCACAGUGACAAGAAGAAGACGCUCCCAGAUAAUCCCGAGAGGUUUGACACCUGUGUCAACGUCUUGGGGAAGGAGGGAUUCUCCUUCGGGAGGUUUUAUUUUGAAGUUGAAGUUACAGGAAAGACAGCCUGGGCUAUUGGAGUGGCAAAGGGAUCCAUCACAAGGAAAGGAGACAUCAGAGUUAAACCUAAGACAGGCUACUGGACCAUAAUGCUGAGGAACGGAGAUAAGUAUGAAGCAAACGAUGCCAGUCGAGUCACGCUCUCUGUGAACCAGCCCCAGAAGGUAGGAGUGUUUGUGGAUUAUGAGGAAGGUCUGGUUUCCUUCUACGAUGUGGAUUCUGCAGCUCAUCUCUACUCCUUCACCGACUGUGACUUCCAAGAGAUACUCUACCCGUUCUUCACCCCCUUCAAAAAUGACGACGGGAAAAAUUCUGCACCGCUCAUCAUUACACCAUUGAACCCAUCGCAGAAAGUGAGAAAAUGUGUUUCUGAGAGUCCAAAAGAAGAACGUGAAAAAAAACUGGUGGAGCUGAAGAGCGUUCAGCAGUUUGCGGUGAUGGUAACUCUGGAUCCAGACACGGCACAUCCUGCACUCACCCUGUCCGAUGAUGGGAAACAAGUGUUCUGCACUGAAGUGUACAAAAAACUCCCAAAGACCUCCAAGAGAUUCACAAGUUGCGUGAAUGUUUUAGGAAGGCAGAGUUUCUCCUCUGGGAGGUUUUACUUUGAGGUCCAGGUGAAACAGAAGACUGCCUGGACUGUGGGCGUGGCCAAGGAGAGCAUCGACAGACAGGGAAGUGUCACUUUGAAUCCCAGCAACGGCUACUGGACAAUUUGGUUACGGAAUAAAAAUGAAUACGAGGCCAUUGAUGAACCUUCAGUCCCUCUUUCUGUGAAGUCUCACAUUGAGAAAGUGGGAGUGUUUGUGGAUUACGAUGGCGGUCAGGUCUCCUUUUACAAUGCAGACACUGGAGAUCUUCUCUACGCCUUCACGAGCUGUUCCUUCUCAGAGAAGCUCUUUCCAUACUUCAGCCCCUGUACCAGUGAAGGCGGGAAGAACUCGGCUCCUCUAGUCAUCACUUCACUUGACCACAUUCUCAAGAAAAAGGUGGCGCUGACAAAAAUGCGGCAGUUUGCAGUGGAGGUGACUCUUGAUCCUGAUACGGCACAUCCUGCACUCGUUCUGUCUACUGAUGGGAAGCAAGUGUAUGAUGGAGACGUGAGGCAGAAACUCCCGUACAACCCAAAGAGGUUCAGAAGAUGUGUCAAUGUCUUAGGGAAGCAGAGCUUCUCCUCUGGGAAGUUUUAUUUUGAAGUUGAAGUGAAAGGCAAAACUGCUUGGACUGUGGGAGUGGCCAAAGAGUCAAUUGAGCGAAAGGGAGACAUCACGCUCUGUCCUGAUGAUGGCUUCUGGACAAUAUGGCUGAGAAAUGGACACGACUACAAGGCAAACACAAAUCCUUCAGUCCACCUCACGGUUAAGUCACAGCUACAGACGGUGGGAGUAUUUGUGGAUUACGAGGCUGGCCUGGUUUCUUUUUACGACGUGGAAUCGGCAGAUCAUCUUCAUUCCUUUACCGACUGCACCUUCACGGAGAAGAUCUUCCCAUAUUUCAGUCCUUGUACUUGUGAUGGUGGUCAAAACUCCGCUCCUUUGAUCAUUGCGACACUCGAUCACAUCCUGACACCCGACUCUGGAACUCUAAAAGAAGAGUAUGACGAAAAGAAACGGAAUCUGAAGAAGGCACAGGACUAUGAGGUGGAGGUGACUCUGGAUCCCGACACAGCACAUCCUGCUCUCAUCCUGUCUGAUGAUGGGAAGCAGGUCUUCUGCACUGAUGUCUACAAAAAACUCCCAGACAACCCCAAGAGGUUUGACACGUGCGUGGAUGUCUUAGGAAAGCAGAGUUUCUCCUCAGGAAGACAUUACUUUGAGGUUCAAGUUCAGGAUAAGACGGCCUGGACUGUAGGGCUGGCCAGCGAGUCCAUCAAAAGGAAGGGAACCAUUACACUGAGUCCGGAGGAUGGUAUCUGGGUAAUUAGGCUCAAAAAUAAAACCGAUUACAAGGCUAUUGAUGACCCUUCACGUUCUCUCUCUGUAACGUCACAUCUUCAGAAAGUGGGAGUGUUUUUGGAUUAUGAAAAAGGUAGAAUUUCCUUUUAUGACGUUGAUUCUGCAGAUUUACUGUACUCCUUCACUGAAUGCCAAUUCAUAGAGAAGCUCCACCCCUUCUUCAGUCCAAGCACCAUUGAUGGUGGCGUAAAUGCCGCACCCCUCAUAAUUUGUCGAGCGAACCAGAAAAAGGACGAGGAGGGAAAGAAAGUGAACCUGAAGUUCAUCAAACAGUUUGCAGUUGAUGUGACUCUGGAUCCCGACACUGCAAAUCCUUUUCUCGCCCUGUCUGGUGAUGGGAAACAAGUACAUGACACCGAUGUGAAAAAGAAUCUCCCAAAGAUUUCGACAAGGUUCGACCAGUCAGGUGGUGUUUUAGGCAAGAAGAGCUUCUCCUCAGGAAGACAUUACUAUGAGGUUCAGGUGAAGGGGAAGACUGCCUGGAGUUUAGGAGUGGCCAGCGAGUCCGUCGAUAGGAAGGGAAAAAUCACACUGAGUCCUGAAGAUGGCUUCUGGACCAUAUGGUUGAGAAAAAAUGUGUACACAGCCAAUGAUGACCGUGCAGUCAGUAUCUCCAUCAGACAGGAGCUUCACAAGGUUGGAAUCUUUGUGGAUUAUGAAGGAGGAGUUGUCUCCUUUUACAAUGCAGAUUCUGGAGAUCUCCUCUACUCCUACACCGAGUGUGUGUUUUCAGAGCAACUCUACCCAUUCUUCAGUCCCAGUGAUAACAACAAAGGUAAAAAUGCUGCACCACUGAUCAUUACUCCUGUCUGUUGUCCGUUAGACAGUAGGACCAGACUGAGGAGUGUCCAGCAGUUCGCAGUCGAGGUGACUCUGGAUCCUGACACUGCAAAUCCUUACCUCAUCUUAUCCGAUGAUGGGAAGGAAGUACACGACAGUGAUGUGAGGAAGCAGCUCCCAGAAAACCCCAAGAGAUUUGACAGGUGUGUCGAUGUCCUGGGGAAGCAGAGUUUCUCCUCAGGGAAACAUUACUACGAGGUUCAAGUGAAGGGGAAGACUGCCUGGAGUUUAGGAGUGGCCAGCGAGUCUGUCAGUCGGAAGGGGAAAAUCACACUGAGCCCUGAAGAUGGCUUCUGGACAAUAUGGUUAAGAAAGAAAGACGAAUACACAGCAAAUGACGACCAUCCAGUCCAACUCUCUCUUCAUCAGCAACCGCAAAAGAUAGGAAUCUUUGUGGAUUAUGAAGGAGGUGUCAUCUCCUUCUACGAUGCAGAUUCUGGAGAUCUCAUCUAUUCUUACACCGAGUGCUCUUUUACAGAGAAACUCUACCCAUUCUUCAGCCCCAGUGCCAAUGACCACGGUAUAAAUUCUGCCCCACUGAUCAUUUCUCCAGUCAAUCAAGCUGCAGCAAAGGACGAUGAAAGAGAAAAGGCCCAGCUGAAGAUCAUCCAGCAGUUUGCAGUAGAGGUGAUUCUGGAUCCCGAUACAGCAAAUCCUUAUCUUGUCCUGUCAAGGGAUGGAAAACAAGUACAUCAUGCAGAUGUGAGACAAAAACUCUCAGACAACCCCAACAGGUUUGAUGUGUGUUUCAAUGUCUUAGGAAAGCAGGGUUUCUCUUCAGGGAAGUUUUACUUUGAGGUUCAGGUUCAGGACAAGACGGACUGGACUGUGGGAGUGGCCAAAGAGUCAAGUGAAAGAAAGGGAAAUAUCACACUCAGCCCAGAGGACGGUUUCUGGACCAUAUGGCUAAGGAAUGAAGAUGAAUAUGAGGCGAUUGAUUACCCUUCAGUUCACCUCUCUGUGAAGUCACAGCUUCAGAAAGUGGGGGUGUUUGUGGAUUAUGAGGGGGGCAUGGUUUCCUUUUAUGACGCAGACUCUGCAGAUCACCUCUACACCUUCACAGAAUGUGUGUUUUCUGGGAAACUCUUCCCCUUCUUCAAUCCAUUCACUAAUGAGGGAGGCAAAAAUUCAACUCCUUUGAUCAUCUCUCCUAUAACUUCCAAAACUACCACCAAGAUCCCAGAUCUCCGCAAAGAGAAAGAGGACCAAGAGAGGAUGAAGGCCAAGCUGAACAAGAUUCGGAAGUUCGCAGGGGAGGUGACUCUUGAUCCUGAUACAUCACACCCCCACCUCAUCUUGUCAGACGAUGGGAAACAGGUCUAUCAUGGAGACGUGAGGCAGAAACUCCCAUACAAUCCAAAGAGGUUCCGAAGAUGUGUUAAUGUCUUAGGAAAACAGAGUAUCUCAUCAGGGCAAUUUUACUACGAAGUUCAGGUGAAAGGAAAGACUGCCUGGACUGUAGGAGUGGCCAAAGACUCUAUUGACAGAAAAGGAGACGUCACGCUCUGCCCAGACAACGGCUUCUGGACAAUAUGGUUGAGGAAUGGCGACGAAUACGAGGCCAUCGAUGACCCUUCUGUGUCUCUGAAUGUCAGCUCCCAUCUCCAGAAGGUCGGGGUGUUUGUGGAUUAUGACAACAAUCAGGUCUCCUUUUACGACGCCGACACUGCUGAUCAUCUCUACACCUUCAGCGACUGCAACUUCACCGAGAAGCUCCUCCCGUACUUCAGUCCGUGUACGAAUGAUGAUGGCGAAAACUCGGCUCCACUGAUCCUAACAGACGUGAAUGCAUCAGUUACAAAGGAGCCAGGAGAUUUUUGUCAGACGACUUAAAGAAGCUUCAAAGAAAAAAGCAAACCCAAAUGCAACUUUUCACACCAUCAGGAAUCCUUGAGCUUGAAAAGGAGAUUGUUUUGGCUGUUCUGUAAAAGAUAACUUCUUCCAGUCAGACCUGAAAUUCCUCAUAAUGGAACUUAAUUCAGCUAUUCAGCAUAGGUUCCCGUGGUGAUUUACCUCAGCAAGAAGUUUGCCUGCAUCACAGAAAGUCCAGGAGUUGCCUCGAUAAGAGAAACUACUGCUGGGUCGUAGAGAUCUCAGAAGUCCUUCCUGGGUCAGGGGCCCACAGUGAGGUUUUGGUUAUUAGCUUGUUUCACUGACCUCCAGAACACCACUGAAUCUAUUACGUUUUGUCGCCUUCCAAUAAUAAAUGCCACAAACUCCCUUAAUGACUGACAAGAUGUAUUUUGAUGUCAUUUUAUGGGCAAAAACCUUGGCAUUAGUAUUUAGUUUUCAAUGUCAUUACCUUUGUAUAUUCAAGGUACGCAACUCAUGCCAGUGUUUAAUUAAAAAAAAACAACUAUGAUUUCAUUGUAUUUGGAAAUCUCAUCUGUUUACUAUUGGUUGAAAUAAGUGAAAGUUACAAUGCGCGGUAAUUGAUUAAGUGUUUUAUCUACCAAAAAGUCUUAAUAUGAUUGAAAAUUUUUCAUGCUAUGUUACUAAUGUGAACCUGAACUGCCUGUUUCUUACUGGAUGAACACGGUGGUGCUAGUUGUUUUUUUUUUGUUUUCUUUUUUACAUCUAAUGUUCAGAGUACAGGAAAAGAAGCCAUUUGUUUUGGAUUUGGGACUGAACUAUCUCAAGUUGGUCUGGUUUUACACAGUACAACAAACUGAAAAGUGUGUCAUGAAAGUUUUUUUUUGCAAACAUGUUUUUCUACCAUUGUAAAGAAAAAAGUUUGACAGAUUGAUUGAGCCUUUGCUGAAAGCAACAUGUAGCUGGAUUUGAAAUAAAAACAAAUUGAAAGUC